AAUAAACACGGUUAUUGCACUGCAUAUUUCGUUCGCAUAAACCCGCUCAUUCAUCCUCUCUCACACACACAGAGUAGGGCUUCGAAACCCUAGAAGAGGUGGAAUCAUCUGGUUAGAACCCUAAGGGAAAAUGAUAGGGUCCAUUUUGCCCUUACCGGCUCCUCCUUCUGAUGGAGACCUUGGGCCUCUUCCGGAAUCCCAAGUGACUGAACUUAGUCAGGAUGAGAACCAAUUGAACGAGGAGCUGAGCAAAGCCAACUCUACUUCAGUUGCAACGCAUACCAGGGCUAUUGGUAUCAUACAUCCUCCUCCAGACAUUAGAAACAUUGUUGACAAAACUGCCCAAUUUGUGGCAAAGAAUGGACCAGAGUUUGAGAAAAGGAUUAUGGCUAAUAAUACCGGAAAUGCAAAGUUCAGUUUCUUGAUUUCGACAGAUCCCUACCAUGCAUAUUAUCAGCAUCGGUUGUCUGAAUUCCGUGCCCUGAAUCAGUCUUCUGGACAGCAACCAUCUACACAGCCUGCAGAUUCUGCUUCACCUGAGUCUGCCCCACCAGCUCCAGCUGCAGAUGGUGAAGCAGGAGCCCCAAAGCCUGAUCCCUCUGCCCAGUUUAGACCUGUUCGCAAAGUGCUCGAACCACCACAAGCUGAGGAGUAUACUGUUCGUCUUCCUGAAGGUAUUACCGGGGAAGAGUUGGAUAUUAUUAAGCUCACAGCGCAGUUUGCAGCUCGAAAUGGGAAAACAUUUUUGCAAGGAUUGACAAGCAGGGAAAUGAAUAACCACCAGUUCCAUUUUCUGAAGCCUAUGCAUAGCAUGUUCACAUUUUUCACUUCUCUGGCUGAUGCAUAUUCUAAGGUGUUGAUGCCUCCGGAGAAUUUGCAAGAUAAGCUUAAGAAAAGUGUUGCAGACAUGACAACUGUGCUCGAAAGGUGUGUCCAUCGACUGGAGUGGGAGCGUUCACAAGAGCAGGCAAGACAGAAGGCUGAAGAUGAGAUUGAGCAGGAAAGAAUACAAAUGGCUAUGAUUGAUUGGCAUGACUUUGUUGUGGUUGAAACAAUAGACUUUGCAGAUGAUGAGGAUGAGGAUUUACCUCCUCCGAUGACCCUUGAGGAGGUUAUUAGGAGAAGCAAGGUCGCUGAUAUGGAAGAGGACAUUGUUGAGCCUGGUAAGGAGGUGGAAAUGGAAAUGGAUGAAGAAGAGAUGCAGCUUGUUGAAGAGGGCUUGAGGACAGCCAGACUUGAAGAGAAUGAUGAUGAAAAGAGGAACGAGAAUAUGGUGACAGAGGAUCCAGAACCACCAAUGAGAAUUGUGAAGAACUGGAAGAGACCUGAGGACAGGAUCCCUGCCGAAAGAGACCCAACAAAGUAUGUCAUUUCCCCAAUCACUGGAGAGCUCAUACCUAUCAAUGAGAUGUCUGAACACAUGAGGAUUUCUCUCAUUGAUCCAAAAUACAAAGAGCAAAAGGAAAGGAUGUUUGCUAAGAUUCGGGAGACUACUCUUGCUCAAGAUGAUGAAAUCUCAAGAAACAUUGUGGGCCUUGCACGAACCCGUCCUGAUAUUUUUGGUACCACAGAGGAAGAAGUGUCUAAUGCUGUCAAGGCUGAGAUUGAGAAAAAGAAAGAUGAGCAACCAAAGCAGGUCAUCUGGGAUGGUCACACUGGAAGUAUUGGCCGCACAGCAAAUCAAGCAAUGUCGCAGAAUAUCAAUGGAGAGGACCAAAAUGAUGGUCUUAACAAUGAUGCUAGGAACCUUCCUGGUCCUGCAGCUCCUCCUCCAAAACCUGGUGUGCCUUCAAUUCGUCCUCUUCCUCCACCACCUGGUCUUGCCUUGAAUCUACCUCGUCCUCCAAACACAGUCCAGUAUUCUGCUCCAACUAGCGGCGGUCUCCCUGCACCUCCACCAAGGCCCCCGGUUGUCCAAUAUCAAUCAAUUCGACCACCUGGACCCCCAAUGCCCAUGAGUUCUGGACAGCAGUCCCUUAUGCUCAACCGACCACCUCCUAUGCACCCAUCCAUGUCUAUGAAUGCACCUGCUAUUUCUGUACCACCUCCACCUGGUUCUCAGUUUACACCAAUGCAAGUUCCCCGACCUUAUAUGCCUCUUCCUGUUCCUCCACCUACAAUGCAAAUGAUGCCACCCCCACCUUUGCCUCAAGGAAUGCCACCACCACCACCUGAAGAAGCUCCUCCACCGCUUCCAGAAGAACCUGAGCCAAAGCGGCAGAAGCUUGAUGAUUCUAUGCUUAUUCCAGAAGAUCAGUUUCUGGCACAGCAUCCGGGACCUGUUCGCAUCACAGUAUCUGUGCCCAAUGUUGAUGAAGGUAAUCUAAAGGGACAACUUUUGGAGAUCUUGGUGCAGUCUUUAUCAGAAACUGUUGGUAGUUUGAAAGAGAAAAUUUCUGGGGAGAUCCAGCUUCCAGCAAACAAACAGAAGUUGAGUGGAAAACCUGGUUUUCUCAAGGACAACAUGUCACUUGCAUAUUACAAUGUUGGAGCAGCUGAAACACUUACUCUUUCAUUAAGGGAGCGUGGUGGAAGAAAGAGAUGAAAAUAUUAUCUGACCGAGCGAUUAAGGUUUUUGCUGUAAUUUUCUAGUUACCAUAAGAAUGCGCAAUUUAUCAUGUGGGGUUGUUUUAUUCUACUUUCUUUGAUUUUACAUGGGAGAUCAUAUGUUCGUUUUGUAUUGAUACAAUGAUUUUGCUCUGACAUAUUAUUGUUGUCUUUAAACUGAUUGCUAGUGUCUCAUCUACUACAGAUUUGGUGCCUC